CUCUACAGAGUUCAAAGUCGAUCAGUUUUCUGUUUGUUUUUCUCUCUGCAUCCAAACCUCUUUUCUUCGUAAUCAUGCCUUUAAAGAUGAAACGAUAGCAGUGAAACGAUUUUAUCCAACAUAUUUAUAAUGGAAGCAAACAAGAUCGAAGAGAUCAAAGAAGACCAGGUGGCCGUGAUGUUGAAAAAUAUACCUGUGCUGGACGAUCUUUUCACGAUACACUCAAAAAUCGGUGAGGGCAGUUUCAGCACCGUUUUCCUCGGUUUUAGGAAAAACCAGAAUGGCAGGGACAGAAAAAAAUAUGCUAUCAAGUAUCUCGUGCCCAUCUGUCAUCCCAGUAGAAUCGAACGCGAACUCCAGUGUCUCAAAGAUAUCGGAGGUCAAGAUAACGUAGCUGGAUUAGAGCUUUGUUUGCGUAGUGGAGGAUAUGUUGCCUUUAUCAUGCCCUUUAUAGGACACAAUGAAUUUUCAGAAUAUGUACAUAAAAUGGAAACAGAUGAACUACGAGAAUAUAUGAGAGCUUUGUUGACAGCCUUAAGCAGAGUGCACAGUUUUAAAAUUAUUCAUAGAGACAUUAAGCCAAGCAAUUUUUUGUACAAUAGGAUAAAAAAAAAGUAUUUAUUAGUAGAUUUUGGAUUAGCGCAAAAAUAUGUUCCUAGUCAGCCUAGUACUCAAAACCCAGCAAAAACUCCUGUACCUAAUAAUGUUCCAGCAGCUAAAAAGAGAAAAGUAGAUGAGAACAAAAUGGAUACAACCCUGAAGAGUACAAACAUUGUGUCAGUUGAAAAGUGUUAUUGCUUUGGGAAGCCAAAAGUGUGUUCACUAUGUUUAAUAAGGCCAUCUCAGACAGCACCGCGCGCUGGCACUCCUGGCUACAGGCCUCCAGAAGUUCUGUUAAAAUAUCCCGCCCAAACACCAGCAAUCGACAUAUGGGCUAGUGGCAUUAUCAUGCUGUGUAUGCUGAGCGAGACUCAUCCUUUUUUUCGUGCUCCCGACGAUACAACUGCCCUGGCGGAGAUCGUUUCGAUUUUCGGUUCCACCGCGAUGCAACACUGCGCAAAAAGACUCGGAAAAAAAUUGAUGUUUGGUUCCGAUAUUCCAGAAAUCAAUCUCGCCACCCUGUGUCUCAAACUUCAGGAACGUAACCGGGCAAAGCAGCCUCCUGUUGAAAGAGUUUACAAGAGUUAUCCAGACGAAGCUUAUGAGCUACUGGGGAGAUUGUUAGAUAUCAACUUCAAAACUCGAAUUACUGCUGAAGAAGCGCUACUUCACCCAUUUUUAAAUCCAUGAACUGGUGAUAAUUACUUAAAAAAACAAAAAGAUCAAAUUUGUAUAUAUCUUUAUUAAAAAACAAGCGAUAUAUUUUGUAACACUUUAAACAAAUUGUAUAAGUAAAGGUAAAGUGCCGAAAAAUAUGUCUUAAUGAGACGAUGUAAAUAACAAUAGUUAGUAAAUACGAGUGUUAUAUUUUUAAAUAAAAUCUUAUAAAUAAAUUUAUUUAAAAAAUCUAAAUGCAGUCUUCUACAAACUUUCAAGGCACAAAGUAUCAAUGUUUUAUCAACAUUGAUGUAGAAGAACAAUAUUGAAGUUUUGGAUUGCCAAAGAAAGUCUCUAAACUACAUUUUAAAAAACAAUGCAUUAUUUUCUUUUAAUCUUAAACAAAUCAAUUAAAUACAAUAUAAAAUCAACAAU